UACUUUUUUUCUUUUCAGUCGCUUUUUUUUAUUUCUUCGGUUGCGGUAGUGAUUGUGUGCUACUGUGAGUUUCGGGACGUUUUUCUUGGUGAAGUCCCACGAAAAAAAUCUGGAUAACUUGGCAUCUUGUGGUUAAGUACGUGUCUUUACGGCGGACAAUGAGCUCUAAAAAGUGUGCGCGGUGUGAAAAGACGGUGUAUCCUCUUGAAGAAUUGAAAUGCUUGGACAAGAUAUGGCACAAAGGCUGCUUCAAGUGUCAAGAAUGCAACAUGACACUAAACAUGAAGACGUACAAGGGAUUCAACAAAUUCCCUUACUGCAGCGCUCACUGUCCGCAGGCCAAACACACAACAGUGGCAGACACACCAGAGGCCAAGCGACUUGCAGAGAAUACUCGCAUACAGAGCCAGGUGAAGUACCACGAAGAUUUUGAGAAGCUGAAGGGAAAAGUGACUCAAGUUGCCGACGACCCAGAGACGAUGAGGAUUCGUCAGACAUCGAAGAUCAUCAGCAAUGUUGCCUACCAUGGCGAGCUGGAGCGCAAGAAUCUCAUGGAACAACGCCGGGGGCUGCUGCCACAGGAUCGCAAUGGCCAUGGUGCUGAACAAGAGCCGGCCCCCUGCGACAUUGCUCAGUUUCCACCCCCUCCUCCUCCCCCUAUUGAGGAGCGGCCCAGCAGAACACUCCAGUCAGUCCGGGCAGCCACCGAGUACGAAAUGUCGGCCAAUAACAACUCUCCCUACAGCUCCAAGCUGCAGUCCACAGUUAUCUACACAUCCGAGGAAGGACCAGUGCAAACUCAGCCUGUGCGCAAGGUCGGUUCAAUUGCAGACUACGAUCCACUGAACGACAACUAUGGCUCUUCUGCCGUAGGAUAUAAUGCAGCACAGUCUCAGCACUACUAUAGAGGAACCACUACUGCUAUGCAGCGCAUGAUGCCUUCUCAAUCCCAGGUGCCAAGUGGAAGAACCUUCCGGGCAAUGUACGACUACGUGGCCCAAGAUAUAGAUGAAGUGAGUUUCCUUGACGGCGACAUGAUUGUGAGUUGCGUGCCCAUCGACGAGGGUUGGAUGACCGGCACCGUACAGCGCACAGGUCUCACGGGGAUGCUGCCCGCAAACUACGUUGAACCUCUCAACUAAAUCCUCUUCUCUGCUACUCCCUUGUUUUUUGCUUUUGUCAGAUGCUUAGCAUUUUCUUCUUGUUUCCAUUCUGGAAGAAAGGCAUGAUUGACUGUCGUUUAGGUGUGGUGAAACUCAUUUCUUGCAUUUAUCAGAAACUGACACAUUUAGUUUUACAUGUCUUUUCCUUAUUGGUUUAAUAGCAUGAAAGCCUACCUAUUCACAUAUACUUUCUCUUUGUUGCUUAAGCACCUCUAAUAUUUGUAUAAAGAGUAAAGUAUGUAUUGUAUACUAUCAGAAUUUAAUGUACAGGCCCCAGUAGCACUUCAAUGAGUGCAUUCACUAUUUUUUUGAUACUGUCUAGAAAGAAGUGGCAAAUUUUAUGAACCACUGAGAUGCCUUUAACGAGUCACGUGCCUUGUUCAGCUUCAUCCUGUUUGAGGAUGUUAUUCUGGGCUGAAUUUUGUGUUCUUUGGUCAAUGCUAAGAGGGUAUAUUUCAUUUGUGUGUGAAAAGAGUUGCAUAGUAAUUUUCGAAGUUCUCACAAAGUGCUUUAGAACUGCGUUUUAGCGUAUAUGUUUUGACCUGUGCAGUAUACAAAAGUUAAUGGCCUUGCAUCAAGUACUGCCUUUGAUGUGAAAUGUAUUUGCUAGAUGCACUUUCUUAGCCCACUUGAAGUAUUAGUAGCUGCUAAAGGCAUUAUGAUGGGAAGAGUUGUGUGUCAUUUGUAUUACAUUGUUUGUGAAAGCUGCAAGCUGACUUUGCUGCAUGGGGACUGCAUUUGCAUGGCUUCCUUGCACAACUGCAUCCACGCAUAGUAAGACUGUGCAUUUUGUGCUGGCUAUUUAUCGGGGUCUACUGUAGCACAGCCUAGCCUAUCUGGAUGAAUACAGAGUAGCAUAAAUGGCAUUCAGCCCAGCAUUUAUUUCAUACUCGAAUGUGGCAGCGUUAAAGCAUAUUUGUUGCUCAGGGUUUAAGAGCUGUCAGCCUUCCUCCCCUCUCGUUUCACUGUUAAGUGUUCAGUGCCUGUCUCUUCAUACUGUCUAAAUUUUACGACUUACUUGUUCACACUUGUUGUGUACGGCAGAUGUUGGUGUUCGUGCCCUUUACUUCAGGUGGCCGUAUGUACAAGCGCAGCAGAGCUGAUUGAGAUGCUAUAUAAACAUUCGAGCUCAAAGUUCUUGCUAACACUAUUUUUUUUUUGUUUAGGCAUAUACUCGCAAGGGGAGCCGCUGUGUUUAUUGCAUGGCUAUUUAUUGCCCUAAGCCACUCUACAGUUUAUGUUUUAAACUUGCCUGACCUUUGUGUUCUGUGCUCUAGACUUGAUGUGUUUAAGUUUUAACUUCAAGUAAUGCUCAAAGUCUUGCUUUGUGCUCAUUCUGUAAUGUACCUAUGGCCUUUCAAUAAUCGGGAGUUUGUGUGUGUACCACUUCGUCAUUGCACAAUGCUCGGAGGUGCAUGUUUGAACGAAAGCUUUGUGCCUGUGACGUUUUUCAUUUACAUUUACCUUCUCGUAGUUCAGCCAAAAAGGUGUCUCUGACAAUGUGUACAAAGUAUGACUUGUAUGCAAUUAACAUAUGUUCACUACUCAGAAUUAUGUGCCUUCUCGCAGUUUGCCAGUGCCAGAUGGGUAAUCAAGCCCCGUUUACAUGCACUCUUUAUCUUGACACUAAGAUUUGUAUGUUGGUUCUUUGUGUGGUGUAGCAUUGAGACACCUCUCCCAGUACCCCACCCUCUUUUCUUUUAGAGUAAAAUAAAGCUUUUUUUAGAGAGAUUAA